AUGACUGGGGUUUACCAGCAGCGACUUCACUUUCCGCAAGCAGGAGUGGCUUCGCCGUCAGAUAGUUACACCGUGGCGGUUUGGGUGUCGACGCCGUGGACGGGGGUCCUAUGCAGUUUAUGCCGUCCUGAUGAGCUGUUCCCGCAGCACCCGCUCCCCUCCCCCUCAACUGAGACUGACGGGAGACACCUUGCACCGAUUAUUGCGCGUCAACCUAUCCCAGACAGUAACACGUUUGCAGCAGGCCUAUGGGGGUAUAUCAUCAUGGAAAAUAUAGUGUUUGGCGAGAAGGAAGCGGUUGCUGUGGAAGGCCCGCCUGAGCGAGUUGCGGUAGGCCCGGCCAACGACGAUUUCCGAAUUCGUAGGCGCGGCGCCGGGGCGCUUGAGGCGCAGAAGGAUACGGUAAAUGGGGAGUAUGAACGAGUAGAGUGUGAAAAGGAGAUAGAGUGCGGUUAUAAAAGCUGUAUCUGGGCGGGGCCAGUCGGCACCGCGGACAUACAGAGGCCCGGCGCCUAA